AUGGGUGCUCCAGUGUCAAGCUCAAAGCUACGUGUUGGAAUCGACGUAGAACUGGUUUCCUUUCAUGCCGAGAGCUCUCCCCCAAACUUGCUGAGAGAUCCUUCCAUCCCAAAUGGUGAGGCGAAGUGUUGCUUCUCACUGGUAUCACAGGAGCUUCUCGAGGAGCUGAGUGUGUACAUGGUGUCUUACGAUCGAGCCGGUUAUGGACAGAGCGACCCAAAUCCAACACGAGCCGUGAAGUCGGAGGCUUUCGACGUUGAAGAACUCGCAGACCAACUUGAGCUGGGACCAAAGUUUUACUUGGCAUCUAUCUCGAUUGGAGGCUACACCGCUUGGUCUUGCCUUUACUACAUCCCCCACAGAUUAGCUGGAGUUUUGAUGUUCUCGCCCGUCACAAACUUUUGGUGGUCGAAGCUCCCAUCCCGGGAAGCCUACAAUGCGUUUCACACGCAGGCAAUUGGAGACAAGCUCGCGCUGCUCGUCGCUCACUACACCCCCUCCUUCCUCUACUUUUGGAUGACACAAAAGCUUCUCCCAACGUCGAGCACCAUGGGAGCGCUCCACUUACAUUGCAACCCAAUGGACAGGGACACAAUACUCGGAGGAAAACCGGAUCCUGCUAUUGCCGAAGAGGCAAUGCAGCAGGGGAUCUUCGAGUCGAAAAUACGCGACAAGAUGGUCAUGUUUGGCAACUGGGAGUUCGACCCCUCGGAAGUCCCGGAUCCAUUCCCGAGCAAGAAUGGGUCGGUUCACAUAUGGCAGGGUGACGAAGACUAUCUCGUCCCUGUGGCGUUGCAGCGCUAUGUCCAUCGAUCCCUCCCGUGGAUCCAGUAUCAUGAACUUGCCGGGGUUGGGCAUUUGCUCCAUGCUGCGCCGGGUUUGACUGAGAAAGCAUUUCGUCAGCUCUUCCAAUCAUCCUGAUACCCUGGAUGUAAACAU